UAAUGUCAUCAAACUUGAUAUACUACAUCAGUUCCAGAAAUCGUGGCCCGGGGUAUUUUUUCGUUACUGAUCCUGACAAAAAUGUCGUGUGGUAGACGAUCGUGUCCAAUACAACUUGGGCGUAGUAAUGUAGGUCAACAGGUUGCCUGUAUUACGAUUGCGUUAUAUUUUUGGCCUAUCGAAACAUUUUUUCGUAGGUUAUAACAUGAUCGUGAUGUUUCAUCCGCAAAGGUCGCCCGUGUCCUGGAUAGCGAAGAGCGGAAAAAGUGGGUAAAGCAAAGAAAUAUCCAACACAGCUACGGGAGCGCUGAAGCAGCAGAUGACAGUGAAGACGAGGCUACAGCAGGGGAAGAUGAUGCUAGAAACGUCCUCACAAGUGACAGCCAGCCAAUCAGAGGCAAGAAGAGUAACAAGGUCGUCGGCAGAGUGGUAGGCUUGAGUACGCGUGCUCCCCAGCAAACCAGAGGCAGGAAGCGAAAGUCACCACGGAAAGAGCAACCAUCUAGAAGGAAAAGUAAAAAAGCAAAAAGACAGAACUGAGUUGUUGCCCUUGUUCUGUAAAUAUGAUCUUUAUUCUCCCGUGUCUUUCAUGUUUACCUUUUGUGUUAACGCUAUGCAUAGUACGUUAUCACCUGACAAACUUUUGUAUAUUUUCCGUAUUUUGGUGUUUGUUUCGUGAUGAACCAUAGUGUACCAAAGUGUGCAGGUGUACUGAAGAAAUAGUAUGCCUACAAAGUUACUGUUUGUGUUUUUUUGUAACUUCGACAUUUUACUGUAUAUACCGGUGCACAUACAAUACCGUGUUUGGCUCGAAAAAUUAUCAUACAAUGUAAAUAGAAAACACCACAAUUUCAUGGUAUGGGGUUUACUUGCACCCAAACACAUGGAAAUAGCAGGUAGCGUUUUAUUUCUUUUUGAGCAAAUAUUCACUAGAUGAAUUGGGAAACUGUUCAAAUACAGUGAAUGGCGAAAGAGCAGUGGAAGUUUGACGCUGACCUAGUAAAUAAACGUAAUCUGAAAGAAAGGAACAGGAGUAGAUUAACACCCAAGAUCAUAAAAGGCGUAGAUAUCAUCACUUUCGCAGCUGGAGUCAGCAUUCCUUGUUUGUCUUACGCCCAGAUAUGCGCCCAUGCAUGAACUGUUUGACUCCUGCUAAUGAGCUAAUUGAUUGUCACUCAGUGUCCCGUGGAGAUGUGUUCUUCCCACAGAGAGUCUAGUUCACAACAACAAAAACAAAUAGAGUAAAUAAUUGCCCAGGAGAGUCACUCCACGUAAAGGGUAACAUAUAUGAGAUAAGGUACUGAUCGAACUGUGCAGUGCGAAUGUAAAUAGUAUAUCUCUGACACUUGGCUUUUUUUUUAUGUUUCCGAUCUAAACUGAGUACUGAUCGAACUGUGCGAAUGUAAAUAGUAUAUCUUUGACACUUGGCUUCCGUAUUUUUUUAUGUUUCCGAUCUAAACUGAGUACUGAUCGAACUUUGCAGUGCGAAUGUAAAUAGUAUAUCUCUGACACGUGGCUACCGUUUCUUCUGUACUUGAUGUUUACUGGGUAAAGUACUGUCACUGACACGUGAAAUUUUCUGUACAGCUCUUCAUAUACUCAUCAUCAUCGGUCGGCUGCUGUGCAGUCGAUCACGAGACUUUUUCAUAUACUAAUAUAAGAAAGAGGAAAAAAACUGUGUGUUACGCUGUUCGUUUCUUUGUUUGAAUGGAAAGUAGGUAUCGUAAGAGGCCAACUAUGUCGGCUGCAAUCAUUCUAUAUCUUUAGGCAUAGAUUAGCGUUUCUUCAACAGGCUCAUAAGAAUUUAUUAGAGCAGAUGUAAUAGUUUGGCCAUAGAUUGGAAUGAUCAGGGAAGAUUUUAGGCUCCCCUGAUGCCCCGUCUGAUAAUAACAUAAGCCAGGCCCGCAGUUUAUGGGAACACUGCUACUCUCCAAGCAGAGGUUGAUGGGGAAAAUUUUGACCAUUUGGGCGGUACCUUGUUGAUAAAAAAGCGGCUGAAAGGAAAUGGUCACGAUUGUCCCCACCAACCUCUGCUUGGAGACUGGGAAAGCCGCGGAUCUUCGUAUACUCCUUCCUGCACGCCUGACUUGCAAAACCAUAAAGGGCUUACGGAGUAGUAAGCGCCUGUCUGAAAGUUAUUAGAUCAUAAUUGAGAUCAAAGAAGUUCUCUUCCUUUCACACAUUCCGUGGAAGUAACUAGAUAAGAAACAUGCUGAGCCCUGCUGCGAAUCGGUGGUUUAUGGCCUAAAAUGAUCUGAUCUGCUAAUCGACUACGCAAUGUAUUAGCCUCAUACACAAAAAAAAUUUCGAAGUGAUCUUGCUGAAGACCAAGUCAUAUCGGUGCAAACUGAUGCUGCAUUUCUCGUAUUUUUCACUUUUUAUUCAUUCAAUGAAAAAUAGGGAAAUCUGACUUAUUAGAAGUUGCCGUAGAAAGGUCACUUCAACGGUACACAAACAAACAAAUCUGCUGCGCAUUUAGAUGAAAGACAAAACCAGAUGAAGCAAUCUGUCAUCUUUGACAGUAAUAAUGGCGGUUUAAGAGUGACCAUGUGGGGAUGUUGUUACAGGUCUUUCCUUAUCAGAAGUUUGAUCAUAGCAGAAAGCGAUUUCUUCAUUUUAAGGGACAAUCCAGAAAUUUCUUUGAAGGAUGGUAUAUUGACUAAACAUGACAAAUGUAAGCACUCUAAAAAGAGAACCGUCUAAUUUGAACACAAAGGUGAAAGAACAUCGACAGAAUAAACUUUUUCUUUAGAUUGUUUGGGCCUGUCAAAAUGUUUAUGAAAGUGUCCUCCAUGUACUGUGUACAUACUCUGAAUUGUCCCUUGUGCCUGUUGUCCUCGUGGCGCACGGAGAAGCAUCGGUGUCAGUCUUUUCCCAUCUCUCUUACGGAUAAGACAUGGCGUCUGACUUAGAGAAUGCCGUCGCGGCUCUAGAGUUGCUGUUCACCCAGAGUGGUCUUGUCAUGCCGGUGGGGCUGAAACAUGUCUUGCUGCACAUGCCACACACUGCACCCCCCAACACCAGCCGUCCCGAGUGGGGACCGCGCCACCGACUCUGCAGUGCCCUAUUCCGUGGCCUGUGGUUCGGCUCAGACCAAUCGAUCGGGGCUGGCAGCAGGGCCGCCGGAAGAAAUACUCCAACAUACAUCUACCCUGAAGAGGUGAGGUGGGUCGUCCGGGCAAGGUUUCCGGACGACUCGCUCCAGCUGGCGGACGGCAGGGUGGAGACCCAGGCAGCAGUGUACCGAGUUGAUGUGGUUGACCUGGCGAGCACCAGGUGGCCGACCUGCCGUUGUGGUGCGGGACAGGGGGGGAGCCAAGCUGGGGGACCCGCCCGCCGCAAGCGCCGCCAGGGAACCAACGGCACGCCCUACCAGCGUCAGCGCUAGGGAGCCAGCGUAGCCGCUGCGUAGGUGUGGCCAGUAGCAUGUAGCCACACAUACAUGAAAGAAAACUUUUACUUGUAAGAAUAAAGGAGAUUACAUUUGA